AUGUUUAAUACAAAAUUUCCUUCAGUUUCAAUAAAUGAAAAGUACAGUUCAUUCAUAUUAUGAGGUUAUAGAAACGUAUUUUGAGAUCGAAGAUCGUUAAGAUACUGAACAGUUAGUUUUAGAAUUAUUGCAACAAAUUCUUAAAAAUAGAGAGAUUGUAAUCAGAAAUAGACACGAGGAAGACUGAGUUCGAGUUAGAAGAUCAGAAUUUCAUAUAAAUGCUGCCAGUUCAUCCACCUAUGAAAUUUACUUAAGAAGAGAGGCGUCAUUGUUAAAGGAUAAAUAUCAAUAUUCCAACUCCUUUGGAAAUGCAAUAAAAAUUGAAAGCGUAAUUAACCCAUUAAGAAUUAUUAGAAGUAUUUUAGCUCAUUAAUCUAAAUUAUUAGAUUGGGGAAGAUCCUGCCUAUUUUAUUUAAGAUGAAGAAAUGAGAAGAUUGAAUUGGAAUGAGGAAGAUUGGUUGUCAAAAUCACACACUCAUUUGAAAUAGGAGAUGAAGGACAUUCCUUAAAUAAAAUCUAGUAGUAAUUUAUUAAAAAUAAAAAAACCGACAAUCCGAUCAAAUACUGAAGAUAGAACUGAAAGGAAGUAAAAAGUAUCAAAUAAGAUAAUUAUAAAAAAAGAUGAUUGAAGAUUAAGUCAAAAGAUUGCAUGAAAUAAAUGAAAUUAAUUUUUAGAAGGUCAAAUAUAAUCAAGAAACAAAAGAAAUGGAAAAACAAAAAGAGUAAGCUAAGUUGAAUGAAAAAUUUAAGUCGAAAAUAGAUGUUCAAAUCAGGAAAGAGGAUGCUAGACAUGAAAGUCAUCUAAGAAUAGCUGAAUAUAAAUAAUAAUAACAAUAAUUGAUAAAGGAGAAAAUAGAAUAACAUAAGUACACAUAAUGAAUUUGAUUUAGAAAACGAAUUAUGGAGGAGGAGGAGAUGAUUAGAUUGAAUCAAAGAUUGAAAUAGAUUUGUCAAAAUAAGCAAGUGAAUAAUCUGAUUGAUUCGAAUCUGAAAGAUAGAAUAGACAAAGCUAUCAAAUGCCAAACAAAUAAAUGA